GUUUAGAAUAGAAAAAAAAUAAACAAAAGUCCCUUAAAAACAAAUUAUUACGCACUACUCCAAAAAUUGCAGAUAAUUUAGCAGAUAACCUUGAAAAACAGCGAGAUACAGUGGCUACAACACUUGAGCUUGCUACACAGAGCUGUGGAAGCGCAGCCAAUUGCCAACCUGGCCGCACUUUUUUGCACUUAUCACUGCGCAGUGACAAUUGCGAAUUGCACAAAGAACGUCAAUAUUUGUAAAUCGAAUUAGCGAGAACUGCACGCAAGAAGGGAAUUUCCUCCGCAGAAUGGAUCACCGUGUUUUCCUGUCGCUGAUCUUUGUUCUCAGCGGCACCUUUAACGUGCUGGUGGUGAAGUGGGCGAAUCAACAGCAGGUGAUUGGCAGCGAUGGAAAACUCCACGGGUUCCAGCAUCCGGUGGUCUUCACCCUGCUCAUGUUCCUCGGCGAGUUCCUGUGCUUCGUGGUCUUCAAGCUGAUCCGCCUGAUCUCCAAUCGUCGGGGAACCAUCGCCGAUCUGGACAGCAUCCUCACUCCAGACAGCAGUGAAUUCAGCCCCUUGAGCAUGAUCCUCCCCACGGUGCUGGACACUGUAGCCUCCAUUCUGCUGUUCACCGGACUUUACUUGACUUACGCCACCAGCUUUCAGAUGAUAAGAGGCGCGGCUCUGAUCUUCGUGGGCAUCUUCAGCACCAUGUUUUUGAACCACUCCCUCACCGGACGCCACUGGCUGGCCAUCUUCACCAUUUCCUGCGGUCUGUUGGACAUCGUCAGUCUGGACGUGCAGCGCGUUACCUACGACCAGGUGACAUUGCCGUACACGGACCACAAAGCCAUUUUGACCGGCGAUCUGCUCAUCAUCAUUGCUGAAAUUCUGCACGGUCUGCAGUACGUUUAUGAGGAGAAGCAGCUUAAGACUUCGAACGUGGCACCUCUGCAGGCUGCUGGAUGGCAGGGAAUUUUCGGACUGGCCAUCACCUCGAUCUUGGCCAUUUGCAUGCACUUUUUGCCAACCGUGAGUCCCUUCACCGAGAGUUCGCGGGCUGUCUUCGACGAUUGGAGUGAUCUCUUUGAGGGUCUGAAGGAGAAUCCAUCUUUGAUUUUGGCCCUGAUUGCCUUCACCAUCUCGUGUGCCCUAUACAACUUUAUUGGCCUAUUCAUUGCUAUGUACUCGUCCAGCGCCAACCGGCUGUUGGCCGAUGGUCUGCGCGUGUACUUUAUCUGGGUGUUCGUGAUUGUAAUGGAGUGGGAGUUCAUGAAUCUUGUCACCAUCAUGGGCUUCCUUAUCCUGCAAAUGGGCAUCAUUCUCUACCGGCAGGCCCUUUUCCUCGACUGGUAUCGAGCUGCAGUGGCUCACUGGCAGCGGGCUCGCUACGUGGACUUGAAUUCGGAGAACGCAGCUGUUCCAAACAGCCGGCCCGCGGAUGUGAUCUAAGGAAACUGAGGGAUUUCUGGAGUGAAGAGGAGUCCUGGCACCCGUACAAGGUGGAUUGUGAUAAGAGAGAUGGGCUGCAAAUCAACCCUGGGCUGAUUCUUGAAAAUUAUGUAUCGAUUAUAAAAGUUUAACAAGUACGAGUAGAACCAUUAAGCAAAUACACACAUGAAAUGUUAAUUGAGCUUGUAUUAAAUUCAUUUACUUUGUUUGAAAGUGUAAAAUACAAUUUUAAAAUCUCA